UCCAGAGUCACUAUUAUGGAGGAGAAUGGCUGAUAUGCAUGUGCUUGUAGCCUCUUCGUUUGGAGUCAUUCUGGGCUGGAAACUUUAUAAAGAGGGAAUUACAGACAUUUUCCAGCAAGAGGAAGGAAGAGAAUGUUCUGGACUCCUGCUGACGGUUUUCUGGCUGCUGUUGUGUCGACAUUCAGGAAGGAGUUCUGUGGGCUCUGUGAGGAUCUGCACUGCUGUGGGAAUCACUGUGUUUCCCUUCAUCACGUGGAUCUAUUACUACAUGAACACAGAGCUGAGGAAACACUGGCCUGAACACUGUACAACUGCUCUCUGAUCAGCCAAAACACUCAAGAAACCACAUCUGAACUCUGGAUCGGCAGAACAUACAGAUGAACUAAACUUUACUGAAAUGGACUGAUAAUAUGAUCUUGAAUAAAUAUUUAAUAAUUCAAACAUUGUAGAAAUACAAACUCUCCGAACACCAGUGCUGCAAACAUGAUAAUGUUAUCUGUUCCCUCAAUAGCCUGAAUAAAAUGAAUGUAAAUAAGAGUAUGUGUGUCAUAAUGCUUUUAAUGUAGAUAAUGUUAUAAUGAAGGAUCUGAUCUG